AUGAUUAAUUACACCAAAAUCAUCAAUAUCUAUGAAAGUGCUAAUGAUUUUUAUGAUGAGGUAAGAAAUUCGCGAAACUUUACCGGAAAAGUAGUAUUAGUCACCGGUUCGGGCACUGGUAUCGGGGCUUCAAUCGUCAAGUUAUACUCAGCACUGGGAGCUAAUGUAGUAAUUACCGGUAGAAAACCCGAUGAAAUACACAAAGUAGCUCAAGAAGCCCAACAAUUGUCACCAAAUAAACUUAAACCACUAGAAGUUAAAGCCGAUCUCAUUAAAAAUAUUUUGGUCAACAAUGCCGGCAGUGGAGGAUUGGCUGCCAUAACUGACCCCAAGUUUAUUGAUGCACUCAAAUCAGUUGAAAUACUUAAUAUCAAUGCAAACCUACAGCUGACACAACUGGCUAUUCCUUAUCUCGAGAAAACCAAAGGCAAUAUUGUUAUGAUUACAGCAAUUACUACAGAGAGACCAAUCAAAAAUUGGUUACCAUAUAAUAUAGCUAAAGAUGCCCUGGAAGAUGCCACCAAGGUAUUAUCAUUUGAAUUGGGAGGUAAAGGCAUACGAGUUAACUCUGUUAGUCCCGGAAUGAUUAAUUCACAUCCAGAAAGUAUUGAUCCAAUAGAAGAAGCUCUCAUUAAAAAAGCAAUAAAACGGACGCCAUUGGGCAGAGUAGGCGAUCCCACUGACGUUGCGGCCGCUGUUGUAUUCCUGAGCUCAUCGGACGCCCGAUUCAUAACUGGACACAGUUUGGUAGUCGACGGCGGACUUAAAUAUAAUGUCGACUCAAAUUUUAUGGAUAUAUAA